AUGUAUCAGUUCCUCCCCCUCUCAGCUGGAGCCCGUCCUCGUGACCUGCAGCCUCCAGCUGUCCUCAUACAAGUCAUGAGUCCAGCUCAUCUGAGAGACUCGCUACAAGGACCUGUUCCUCUGACCUCUAGGUCAGUGGAACAGGUCCUUGUAGCGAGUGUCUCUCACAGACGAGCUGGACUCAUGACUUGUAUGAGGACAGCUGGAGGCUUCGGGUCACGAGGACAGGCUUCAGCUGUGAUGAACAGACCCGGCGCAGGCUGGGAGACUCAUGACGAGAGGGGACGCACCAUCACACUGGCAGUGUCGAGUUUAUUAUACGACACGUACUAA